AUGACGGACCUCGUUCAAGGCCAAUACAAAGGAAAAGCAAUCGUCGUGGACUCCAUCGGUGCUCAAUAUACCCUGCAGGACGUGGAGAUCGAUGCCAGCGACCUGGGAGAAGAAGAGAUCUUGAUCCGGAUGCAUGCAUCAGGCAUUUGUCACACCGACAUCCUGAUUGCCGAAGGAAACCUGCCCUGCUCUUUCUUCCCCACCAUUCUGGGACACGAAGGCUGUGGCACUGUCGUCGCCCUAGGCAAGGGCAAUGAGCAUCAAGUGGCCGUAGGCGAUGAGGUGAUGUUGAGCUUCUCGUCUUGUGGCACUUGCACGUCAUGCGUGGAGACGGCGCCAGCGCUUUGCUCUUCCUUCUACCAACGCAAUUUUCUACGUCAGAGUCCAGGGCGCAAUGAUCGCAUCAAAAGCCAGGGUAAAGUCCUCUCGUCUAAGCUCUUUGGACAGAGCUCUUUUGCUUCUCUCACUGUUGUCGACACGAACAGCGUCGUCAAGUUGCCAGUGGGUGCCAAGCUGCAGCCAGAGAUGGCCCCCUUUGGAUGCGGAAUCCAGACUGGGGCGGGAUCCGUUUUCAACAUCCUCGCUUCUGUUUCGAUCACACCCUCUCAGCGCAGCCUUUCGAAUCACACCCUGGUCGUCUUCGGAGCUGGAGCAGUGGGCUUGGCGGCAAUCAUGGCCGGCAAAUUGGUCGGCUACGGUGCACUCGUCGUGGUCGACGUCAAGCCUGGUCGCUUGUCGCUCGCUCGCUCGCUCGGCGCUACCCACACCAUAGACUCUCUAGUAGAGAGGAAUGUGCCAGAGAAGAUUCGAGAGGUCUCUCUGGAGGAGGACGGUCCCAAGUCUGUCUUUGAAGCAACAGGGAUCCCCACGGUGGUGGAUCAGGCGCUCCGUUCGGUGGGCACGCAUGGUACGCUGCUAUCCGCUGGCUCUCCAGGCCCUGGAAAGACUGUCAAUGUGGAAAUUGACCUCUUUGUGCGCAACACGAUGUCAUGGAGAGGGACUAUCGAAGGUCACUGCGAUCCAAGGAAACUUCUCCCCGAGCUCGUAAGCCUCUUCCUAGCGGGACAAUUUCCGGUAGACAAGAUGAUGAAGACCUACCGAGCUUCCGAUUUUGCCACGGCAGUCCGUGACAUGCAGAGCGGAGCAACGGUAAAACCUAUACUGCUUUGGGAAUGA